CUCUUUCGUACUCUACGCCAUCUUGGAUUGAAAAAAAUCAAAUAUUUAAAUUAUUUCGUAUUUUCUAUUUUCUUAAACAUUGACACAAUGAAGAGUAUCAGGGCAUUGACAACUCUCAGUCGAAGAGCCAUGUCCACACAGCCUUUAGGGCAAAUACCAAACAAUGCUAAAUACAAGAAACUCCAGGAAUUACAGAAACAUUUCUGUAGGGAUGAUGGCAAACUAGUGUGGCAAAAGAUGGGAACACGUGACACAAUGCUGUUCCAAGGCACCAUGGCUCUUACCAUAUUUGGUGUUGGUUUGAGCCUGUACAAAAUAUUUAUCAUGUCGUUCCCCCAGAAGUCAGAUUAAGGAUUGCUUCAACCACACUUAGGAAAUAUUAACUGUAAAUUGUUGUAUAAUAUAUAGGAUUUGAUAGCAUACUACUUUCACCUAUUAUGGAUUUUACCUAAUAAGGAAUUAUUGCAGUGUCCCUUUGAUAUUGAUGUUAUCAUAACUAGAACAGGAGCGAACGUUUCCAACAUCCUCAUAAUCGACAUCAAUGUCACAAUAUUUUAUUUUUACAUGCGCUACUUUACUAUUUUUGGGAGUUGAAUACUUUCAAUGCAUCAUGUAACUUUAAUUGAAACUUGAAUACCUUAUAAAUGAGUAGUCUGACAAUUUUUUGUGUAGGGCACAUUUCUUAAGAUUCUAGAAAUGUGAAGAUUGUUUGCCAAAUCAUGGGUGAAAAAUAAAGCGUAAAAUAUUA